UUCUGGAUUUCUAACAAAACAGAAACUCCAAAACCCUAAACCCUACACCACUCCUCAGUGUAUCAAACUCCUCCUUCCGGCCGGCCGUCAUCUCCACCGCCGUCAGCGAUGGCGCUCUGCCACCUCCGCCUCCGCCGCGCCGUCUCUCUCUCUUCAUCGAUACUCAACCACCAUCUCCACCACUCAAGCCUCAUUUCCACGAUCCCUUCGGUCUCUGAUACGCCUGCUCUGUCCUCCAUUGGUUGCACCUCAAGCUCAAACGCUAUCCCUCAAUUUCCGUCUCAAUCGAGGCUCUUCAGAGCGUCGGCGAUCUCGUUGUCUUCGAGGUCUCGCUCUUUCGACCGGAAUCCAGGUGACGAGGAGAUCGGCCCCGACACUAUCCUCUUUGAAGGAUGCGAUUACAAUCAUUGGCUGAUUACUAUUGAUUUCCCCAAGGAUCCGGCCCCCACCCGCGAGGAAAUGAUUGAAACGUACAUUCAGACUGCCGCUAAAGUUUUCGGAAGUGUGGAGGAGGCUAAACAGAAGAUUUAUGCAUUAAGCACGACAACUUACCAGGGUUUUCAGGUCUUAUGUUCAGAGGAAACAUCAGAGAAGUUUAGAGGUCUGCCUGGAGUAGUCUUCAUACUACCAGAUUCUUAUAUUGAUCCAGUAAACAAAGAGUAUGGAGGUGACAAGUAUAUGAAUGGAGUGAUUAUAGAGAGACCUCCGCCCGUACAGUAUGGGAGACAAGGACGUCGAAAUCCGAGGAGUAAUCAAUCAUAUCAACAAGGCAACUCAGGAUAUGAUGGCCAGAGAUCGAGGAAUUUUGGUCCACCACAGGGUCCACCUCAACAGAACAUCACACCACAGGGUCCUCCCCCUCAACAGAACCAAGGGCCACUGCAAGGCCAUUCACCUCAACAGUACUACAGCCAACCACAGGGUCCUCGACCUCAACAAUCAUAUGGUCAACAACACUUCCCUCAGCAGAAUUACGGUCACCAGCAAAAUCCUCUGCCUCGGCAGAACGUUGGCCCAGAGCACAGUCAGCCUCAGCAGACUUAUGGCUCACCUCAGACUCCACCUUCCCAACAGAGUUAUGGUUUCCAACAGAACUAUGGUGCACCAGGAAGUCAAAGAGGUUCUAUGCCAGUGCGCAAUGGCCCUGGUGGAUUGGAUAACUAUCAGGGUAGAACUCAAGAUCAGGUUCUUUCUCAAACUGAUCAAAGUGGUUAUGCACCUAGGGAGCAGAGGGCCUUCCAAGGAGAGAAUCAAAACUAUGGCCAAACCCAAGGUGGACAUUUUGGACAAGGACUAACUGGAAGCCAGUGGCGUGGAACUGGACCUUCCUUUGGGCAGAACUACCCAAAUUACGGAGAUCAGCAAUUCUCGCCCUCGGAACAGAGGAAUGUACAAGGGGAUGAAAGGUACCAAGCACCCACGUGGAGGGCAGGAACUGACCAAGGAAGAAAUUAAAGAUUUUGCAAGAAUUCAAACCUUGUGAUUGCAAAAUGAAAAUUUUCAAGUGUUUAAAAUGGUAAAUCUGUUAGCCUGUUUAAAGGAGCCCAAGGGAUUCAGCAUCUUGAUGAGAGUUAUGUAAAAUCAUGGCAAUGCUUCCAUUAUCAUUUUGGUGGAGUUUUAGAUGGAAUAGUGGUGUUCUCAAGAAUAAUGCCCAUUAGUUCUACGGAUUGUUCUUAGUUUUGAGCUUGUGAAUUAUAGACAUUCUUAACUAUAGUAAGCAAUUAUAGACUAGAAUUUUGCUUCCAAAUGACUUCUUGAUUGGUAUUAAUUAAAUGUCCAUAAACAGAAGUGUACUAAGUUGAAUAUUUUGUUAUAAUUGUUAGAAAUGUACGAAGUAGUAGAUUAAUGGUUAUAAA